GGUGAGACUGGCAACAGGUCUCACUCCACUGGCCAACAAACUGUUGUUCGGCUAACAAACAGCUCUUUCAAUAAAUCUGCACAGACAUUCUCUCACAUGGAUGCAGCCAUCAGCCUUUAGCUUGCAGUUAACCUUUCUUAUUCUUAAAAGGAGGAUUAAUUUUCCAAAAAAAGCAUAAGAUGAUUAAGACCAUGAUUCAGCAUGCGAAGAAACAUCCAGGGUUAAUCCCUCAGUUUUUCUUCACGACUGUGGGCCUCACAGGGGCCACCUUCUACCUGAUCCGACUGGCACGAGGCCCUCAUGUCACCUUCUGGGACAAAAAGAAGAACCCCGAGCCCUGGAACAAUCUCGACCCAACCUACCAGUACAAGUUACUGGCCAUCACCACAGACUACAAGAGCCUGAAAAAAGAUGGUCCCGACUUCUAAAGAUCAUCCAGGAAACUCCAGGGGCACCUCCCUGACCUUACCAGACUGAUGCAACUUCCAUCUCUUCAUCUCUUCUUGUUUUCAGCCACUCUGAAUUCAUGCUGUAACACAUAAAGAAAAAUUAAAGCUCACCUGACG